AUGGAAGAUGUUGUGGUGGUGGGGCGAGUACUUGUUUGGAGUCCUAUGUGGCGGCGGCGGGCGGUGGGUAAUGGAUCAUGGUGGAAUGGACGCCAUCUCAAAAUCCCUUCGCCUCGAAUGGAAUCGUCUGUCCCUCCAAUCGCCCUCCGUUCUUCGAGCCGCCGCCGGCGAACGUCUCUUCUUCUUCCCUGCUCGCCCAUUUUCUCCAAUUCACUAAUCGAUUCCACGAGCAUAGACUCCGCCGCCACAACUUUCCCAUCUGAUUUGCCUACUUCGAGAGUUCGCGCCGCCACCGAGCUCGACCUUUUGUUUUAG